GAGAUGAGGAAGUAUAAUGGGCAGGAUCUGACCAAAGUCUUUGUGAUUGGGCUUGCUCUCUUACGCCUCUGCUGUCACUCAGAGAGAAACAUGCCCAAGUUAGCCCUCUGGUGCCACGAGGAACAUGAGAAACAGGGGGAUCAGAGCCAUCCUAGCUGAACUCAGCCCAGAUCAGCAGGCCUUAGUGGAUCCUGAGAUGGGUAAGUCCAGAGCUGCCCAGCUGAACCCAGUCUAGAUCAGCUGACCCUCAGCCUCCCCUACCUGCAGAUGUGUGAGAAUUAAUGAGUAUUGUUUGUCAAUGAUUUCUUAUUCAGUAUGUUUGUAGCCAUGGUUAAUGGAUACAGAAGGCAAACUUCGUGGUUUACCAUGGGGUCAGUAUCAGAGCAUUUAUUGAGGCAGACACUGGGGCAUAGGAAAGAGGCUUAAGGUACCGUGUCCUCCUGAGGAAUGUACGUCCCCAGCUGGCGAGCCUGACGCGUACGCGAGUGAAUGAAGCCCCAGCGUCACGUUGCUUUGCCGUGAGUUUUCUCGAGUCAUCACCUCCUCAACAACAGAAGCUACUGUGUGCCUGGCAUCAUGUUAGGCUUUUUACACAUUUAAUCCCCAACACAGCAGGCUUUUUACACAUUUAAUCCUCAACACAGCCCUGCACCAGGGAGGGUGCUUUGGGCUGCAUGCAUCACAAAAUACAACUCAAAGGGCCUAAGCCAUUGUCAAGAAGUCCUGAGGUCUGAGGCUCUUCAGAGUUGGUUGACUCCGACUCAAGGACACCACUGAGGACCCAAGCUCUUUCCGUCUAUACAUUCUGCCCUCCUAGCGUGUCAGCCUUAGCCUCAGCCUGGCUGUCCUCAUACACUCAAGUGGCUGCAGCCAUUCCAGCCAGUAUCCAGUAGCAGAAGAAAGAGUAUAAAGGCAAAAAAAAAAAAAAAAUACCUUUCCCCGAAGUCCCUCUGCAGACUCUCAUUGGCCGGAUUGUCUCACUUGGCCGUGGUUAAACCACCCAGGAGAAUAGAGUCACCAUGGCCACCCUUGAGCAGUUAGACUAUGCCUUCUGGGGCUGGAGCCAGGCUCCCCUGAAGGCCAUGGCUGUGCAGAGUGUGAGUGCCAGAACGCCAUCAGAGUUCCGUCUGUAAAUCAGGCUAGUACGGCUCAGAGAGUUUAUAUAACUUGUGCGAGGUCACACCUGGUAAGCUAUAGUGCCAGGUUUCCAACCCGGAUCUGUCUGACCCCAGAUCUCCUCUAGACCCCGGCUGCUUUCCACAGGGUGGUGGGCCGGGGCUGACGUCGUCCCAGGCUGCUGCUGCCCUUCUGCUCCCGCGCUCUUCAUGGUCAUCCUCCUCCAUGACAGCCCAUUUUCAAUCAUGUAGGUGUUCAGUAAUCACUCAUUUUUCAGCUGGGCAGAUACACUCACAGUCCCUGAUCAUUGCAUGGGCUCGUUCCAACACUGUUGUCUGCAGGCCAGGUCUGCCAGAUGAAUCCCCGCCCCACUGGCAAUGGAUUCCGCAGCCCGUGGACACGCUUUCUUCCUUCCCGUUCACCCCGUGGCUAUUUCUCUGAGAACCAGCAGCGGUGCUAGGAGGAGGGAAGGAAGUUAUUGAGUCUGUGUCACUCAUUAGCAUCUCUGGGGAAGUGUGACCAGGAGGAGGCUGGAGAGGCUGUCUGUCCGUGGUUUCCUGCUGUCGAACCCACGGCUGGCCCUCACGGAGGACACCUGCGGAACAGGCACGUUGUCCGCAACAUUGUCAAUCCUCAGCUCCGGCGCCGUGAUUAUUACUCACGUGAACAGUAGCCUCCACCCCGCCUUGGCCCGGAGCAGACUGCGCUGGAAUGCUCCUCACCCAGUCGGCUUAUUAAUGGCCCUGCUGCACCUGCUCCCUCUUAGGACUGAAUGCCCUACGAUCCCCACCGAAUGAGGAAGGACGCUAGAGGUUACAGGACUGGUCUCCGACCGCUCAGCCAGAAACAGGCUUUGAACCCUGCUGAACUCCGGUGGCACAGGCUGCGCAAGGCUUGCGUCUCCCUGGAAGGGCCACUCCUCUCUGGUCAGCGAAAUCUCCUCCCCGCCCAGGAAUCUGGACGGCCCCUGCCAUUUGCCUGGUUGUUCCCCUACCCGAGUGCCCUCGAUUUUCCCCUCUGGUCGGGGCAGGAGCGGCAGGGCUGGAUGCCAGGGCCCCAGGGGCAGGGAGGUGAGUGGGCACCACUCCUUCCCCCACGGGUAAGGUGGACAUCCAGCUUCGGACCACAUCACAGACGCCCAGGCCCCCAGCCACAGCCGGGAUCACUCAGCUGGGUAACGUCUCCACUUCCCAGCUGGAGCUGGGAACUUUUCCACGCUGCCAGGACUUGCAAGAAAACAGCUGUCUGGCUGGAAGAUGCCCCUGAGAAGUUGGCCCACCUGGUUCUCUGCAGUCUCUGGGGUACCUGCCCCCUGACCUUCAGCCAGGUCCUGCCUCUCGUAUGUCCACUCAGGAAUGCAAGGAUUUUGCCGAUGGAGGGGAGACUGCAUUGUGUUCAGAACAGAGGUUUUCACACUUUGGAAAACCACAUCCCCAGUGGCCAAGUGGUGUCAGCCUACCCCACCCUAAGACAGCAGGGACACCCACUUUCCCUGUGCAAAGCGGCCUUCCCAUCUCCCAUCUGUGCAUCCAACCAAGAUUCGAGGAGCACCCACCUCGUGCUAAGGACUGGGGCACAUUCCUGAAGAUGACUCUGGUCUCUGCCCUGUGGACAGCAGAGUCUAGAGGAGGAGAGAGCAGAGACAAGCGUUAGAAAAAGAGUGGCUGAUCACUCCAGACUCUGCUGAGAGGGUUGAGAGAGCGGGAUCC